CAGAAGCCACUUGUCCCUCUCCCUCCCCAGACUCCUGUGACUCCUGGGCCACAGAGGUCUGACCAGGCUAAGGGCCUGGGGAUGCCCCCUGCCUGGCCCCCUUGCCCGAACUGGCAGGGGGGCCAGGCUGGGCAGCAGCCCCCAUCUCACCCCAGCCAUGGAUCUCCUGCCCCCCAAGCCCAAGUACAACCCCCUUCGGAAUGAGUCUCUGUCAUCGCUGGAGGAGGGGGCUUCCGGGUCCACUCCCCCGGAGGAGUUGCCUUCCCCAUCAGCCUCAUCCCUGGGGCCCAUCCUGCCGCCUCUGCCUGGGGAUGAUAGUCCCACUACCCUGUGCUCCUUCUUUCCCCGGAUGAGCAACCUGAAGCUGGCCAACCCAGCUGGGGGGCGCCCAGGGACUAAGGGGGAGCCAGGAAGGGCAGCCGAGGAUGGGGAAGGGAUUGAAGGGGCAGCCAUGCCAGACUCAGGCCUCCUGCCCCUCCUCCAGGACAUGAACAAGCUGAGUGGUGGAGGCGGGCGCAGGACUCGAGUGGAAGGGGGCCAGCUGGGGGGUGAGGAGUGGACCCGCCACGGGAGCUUUGUCAAUAAGCCCACACGGGGCUGGCUGCAUCCCAACGACAAAGUCAUGGGACCUGGGGUUUCCUACUUGGUUCGGUACAUGGGCUGUGUGGAGGUCCUGCAGUCAAUGCGUGCCCUCGACUUCAACACCCGAACUCAGGUCACCAGGGAGGCCAUCAGUCUGGUGUGUGAGGCUGUGCCGGGUGCUAAGGGGGCCACAAGGAGGAGAAAGCCCUGUAGCCGCCCGCUCAGCUCAAUCCUGGGGAGGAGUAACCUGAAAUUUGCUGGAAUGCCAAUCACUCUCACCGUCUCCACCAGCAGCCUCAACCUCAUGGCCGCAGACUGCAAACAGAUCAUCGCCAACCACCACAUGCAAUCUAUCUCAUUUGCGUCCGGCGGGGAUCCGGACACAGCCGAGUAUGUCGCCUACGUUGCCAAAGACCCCGUGAAUCAGAGAGCCUGCCACAUCUUGGAGUGUCCUGAAGGGCUUGCCCAGGACGUCAUCAGCACCAUUGGCCAGGCCUUUGAGUUGCGCUUCAAACAAUACCUCAGGAACCCGCCCAAGCUGGUCACCCCCCAUGACAGGAUGGCUGGCUUUGAUGGCUCAGCUUGGGAUGAGGAGGAGGAAGAGCCACCUGAUCAUCAGUACUAUAAUGACUUCCCGGGAAAGGAACCCCCUCUUGGGGGGGUAGUAGACAUGAGGCUUCGGGAAGGAGCCACUCCAGGGGCUUCUCGACCCACUCCGCCAAGUGCCCAGACCCCCAGCCACUUGGGAGCUACACUGCCCGUUGGGCAGCCUGCUGGGGGAGACCCAGAAGUCCGCAAACAGAUGCCGCCUCCACCACCCUGCCCAGCAGGCAGAGAGCUCUUUGAUGAUCCCUCCUAUGUCAACGUUCAGAACCUAGACAAGGCCCGGCAAGCAGGGGGUGGGGCUGGGCCCCCCAAUCCUGCCAUCAAUGGUAGCGCACCCCGGGACCUCUUUGACAUGAAGCCUUUUGAAGAUGCCCUUCGGGUGCCUCCACCUCCCCAGUCAGUGUCCAUGGCUGAGCAGCUCCGAGGGGAGCCCUGGUUCCAUGGGAAACUGAGCCGGCGGGAGGCUGAGGCGCUGCUGCAGCUCAAUGGGGACUUCCUGGUGCGGGAAAGCACGACCACUCCUGGCCAGUAUGUGCUCACCGGCUUGCAGAGUGGGCAGCCCAAGCAUCUGCUACUGGUGGACCCUGAGGGUGUGGUUCGAACAAAGGAUCACCGCUUUGAGAGUGUCAGUCACCUGAUCAGCUACCACAUGGACAAUCACUUGCCCAUAAUCUCUGCGGGCAGCGAACUCUGUCUACAGCAACCUGUGGAGCGGAAACUGUGAUCUGUCCCAACACUUUUUCCCAGAAGAUGCCCUCCAACCAUUUCCACCCUAUUCCCUAGCUCUCAGGACCUCAUUUGGGAGUAUCCUGUGGGCUUGGCCUUGUGUACGAGCUGGGAAUAGUGUGGACAUAGGGUUUAGAAUCCAGCUGAGUGAGAGGGUUUGAGUCUGGAGCCUGGGGUAGAAUCCUGGUUCUCCCCAAACCUCACCAAAGUAUUAAUGUACAGAGUGGCCCCCUUAGCUGGGCCUUUCCUGUGCCAACCUGAUGUCCCCUUCCCCAAGAAGGUGAGUGCUUGUGAUGGAAAAUGCCCAGUGGAGCAAUCACCCUUGUAGGGAACGGGGAAUAAAUCACCUCUGGUCUACCCCUUGGCUUCAGGGUACCCCAGGCCGCUCUCAAACCCUCUCCCCCAGUGUUUAAACUUUGUGCCUUUGACCAUCUCCUAGGUCUGAAGAUAUUUUAUGCAAAGAGUUCUCAGGCCCCUGAGUUAAAGGACGGGGAUGCUGACACCUUCUUGACUUGUGGGACCCUGUCCUUUCCUUGCUCAGCACCCCCUCCAGUUUGGGUUCAGAGAAUAGAGGCAAGAGUGGCAGCUAUCCCCUCUCCCUGGGGAUAUGCAACCCUUAGAGAUUGCCCCAGAGCCCCCCUUCCGGCCAGGGGGGAGAUGGACUCCUCCCUUGCUCAGUGCCUCCUGGCCGGGACCCCUCACCCCAAGGGGUCUGUAUAUACAUUUCAUAAGCCCUACACCCAUGUUGCAUGCAUGUUAUACUCUACAGCCAAAGUGUAGUCCUUCCUCCUGUAUCCUCCACUCUACCUCCCCCUUCUAGGAUAGCGGGGGUGGUGGUGGAUGGGUGGGGAAUGAUUGAAUUUUGGCCUCCUGUAUAGUUAACUCUCCUAGGUGGACUUUGUGGAGAUGGGAACAGGGGCAUUGAGACUCUAAAGCAGUAGACAAUCCCCAGAUACCUGUAGUUUUCGAACUGCAUUCAUUUAAAAAAUUUUGUAUGCAUAUAUUUUAGGGCUGUAGAUUUACUUUCCUAAUUUUGUUUCCAUGGCUUAUUCUUGAGCACAAAAUGAUGAUAAUCGAUUACAUUUAUACAUCUCUUUGACUUCCAAGCCAUUUUGCAACUAUUGGCAUUUUUCUCACCCUGGACAGGCAGCAUUAUCUUUUAUACAAGGGAGACCUGAGACAUAAAUUGAUUUCGAGCUAGGACUAGAAAAACUUGGGCCUCUUAAUGCAAGGAUGGGAGGCAGAAGUAUGGCUGUAUACAUGUUAGUUUCAUGAAUGGGAAACUUAAAACCUGCAGUUAGUAAAUACCUUCUACAUGCCUGGCCCUGCACUAGGCCUGGUGUGGCCACAGCUCCAGACAGCUCUGCCCUUUCUUUAGGCCUUGUGGCUAAGGGAGAGAUAACUGUUUUAAUUCUGGCCUCCUUUUUUUCUUCCCAUUUGUUUAGACGUUUUCACGGGUCUCACUUAUACCAAAGGGAAAUAAUAUCCAUUAAAAUCCAUAUUUCUUCUAC